UAGUGUCCGCAGCCUGCGCUCUUCCUGACGCGUGUCCCGCCCUCCCCAGCUGUGCACCGUCUCUGGACAGCUGGGAGCGCACGUCGGGAGUCUAGCCAUGUCCGCGGAGAGGGAGGCGACCGAGGCGGCCACUGUGGCGGCGGCGGAGGCCGGGACGGAGACCCGCACCGGGGCCGGGGAGGAUGCGCCCUCGCAGCCCCCGACAGCCGAGGCGGCGGGAGACCCGCAGCCGCCCCCGGCUCCCGAAGCGUCGGCCUCCGCCUCGGCGCCGCCGCUCCGCUGCCUGGUACUCACCGGCUUCGGUGGCUACGACAAGGUGAAGCUGCAGAGCCGGCCGGCCGCGCCCCCGGCCCCGGGUCCCGGUCAGCUGACGCUGCGCGUGCGAGCCUGCGGGCUCAACUUCGCCGACCUCAUGGCCCGCCAGGGUCUGUACGACCGCCUGCCGUCGCUGCCGGUCACCCCGGGCAUGGAGGGUGCGGGCGUAGUGGUGGCCGUGGGCGAGGGUGUCGGCGACCGCAAGGCAGGGGACCGAGUGAUGGUGUUGAACCGGUCUGGGAUGUGGCAGGAGGAAGUAACUGUACCAUCAGCCCAGACUUUCCUGAUGCCUGAGGCCAUGACCUUUGAGGAAGCUGCUGCCUUGCUGGUCAAUUAUAUCACCGCCUACAUGGUUCUCUUUGACUUCGGCAACCUGAGACCGGGCCACAGCGUCCUGGUACACAUGGCCGCAGGUGGUGUGGGCAUGGCAGCCCUGCAGCUGUGCCGCACCGUGGAGAACGUGACAGUGUUUGGGACAGCCUCGGCCAGCAAGCAUGAGGUGCUGAAGGAGAAUGGGGUCACGCACCCCAUCGACUACCACACGUCCGACUACGUGGACGAGAUCAAGAAGAUCUCCCCCAAAGGAGUAGAUAUUGUCAUGGACCCUCUGGGUGGGUCAGACACCGCCAAGGGCUACCACCUCCUCAAACCCAUGGGCAAAGUUGUCACUUACGGAAUGGCCAACAUGCUGACGGGCCCCAAGCGGAACCUGAUGGCCAUGGCCCGCACGUGGUGGAAUCAGUUCAGCGUGACAGCUCUGCAGCUGCUGCAGGCCAACCGAGCUGUGUGUGGCUUCCACCUGGGCUACCUGGAGGGUGAAGUGGAAAUGAUCAGUAGGGUGGUUACCCACCUCGUGGCUCUGUACAACCAGGGCUGCAUCAAACCCCGAAUUGACUCGGUCUGGCCCUUCGAGAAGGUGGCUGAUGCCAUGAAGCAGAUGCAGGAGAAGAAAAACGUGGGGAAAGUCCUCCUGGUUCCUGGACCCGAGAAGGAGACCUAGGGCCAGGGCCUGAGGGCCCUUGAGAGCCAGGAAGGGAGACGGGAAGCCUUGUUGUGUUGCCUGUGGGCCUUUCACAUUUCAUCCUCUGUCAUCCACGAUGCUCUACCCUUCCCUCCCCCAAAAGGUCUCUGCUGAUGACUGCUUCCCUGCUCUGAGCUCACUCUUUGCUCAGGGCCUUCCCCCCCCCCCCCUCCUGCCCUCAGGAGAGUUUGGGAAGUGACCACUUGGAUGUCUGGGCCCUGCCAAGGGGACAGAAAGGGUCAUUGGGAGGCUGCUUCCUGCCCCCCACCCUGUCCCUGGGCCUGCCAUGCUGCUUUUGUGCCAAGGUUAGCCAGUCCCUCCCUGUUCUGUCCUGUGUGCUUUCACCCCUGCCUCAUCUUCCCUCCUGCCCCACCACCUCCCCAAAGAAUCUAAGUGUCAGCUCAGGAUGUGGGGCUAAUCUGUGUGAGUGAGUCCAGCAUGUACCUGUGUCUCCGUAGCGUCCAUGCAACCCAGGCCAGCGAGUGCCCACCCCUGGACUUGCUCAGUACCCAGCCUUGUCUCCCGCCCCCAGUUUCUUAAGCACAAUUGGACUUCUCCCACCUCCAGUUUGCUGCCUUUAACCGAGGCUGCCUCCUAUAGCAAGGGCAGGAAUCGGACUGACUCCCUAGCUCACCGCUCUGGGAGGGGCACCUGAGUACCCCUGCCUUUCACUGAGGUCUCUGGAUUUGUCUCAGUGCCUUAGCAUUGGAAAACCUGUGCUUGUGUAUGUGUGUGUGCAGGGAGCGGCCCUGUCUCUGGCUCCUUCUCCACCCUUCUCCCCAGUGCCUUCCUUGUCCUGGUGGAGCUGAGGCCUACUCCUCCCCAGUUCUACAACACUGCCAAAAAUCUGUGUAUGUGCCAGGGGGGAAAAGAGGACGGCUCCAGACUCUGGGGAUCAGUUGCUUUUACUGUGGUCUGCACUCUGUCCUGUCUGUCGGUGGUGGAGGAGAGGCAGGAAGCUGGACCAGCCAGAGUUCUGGGAGACACCGCUGGGUCUUAAUUCUGGGACCAAAGUGAGAAUCCAAGCACAUUCCCUUUGCUAUCAAGGGAAGCAGCUUUGCUGCUCAGCCCCAAACUUUGUUUACACUGGUGGGGGAGGAGGAGCUUGGGCAGCGGAGUUACUGGGCUGGUUAAAAUGACCUAGGACCUGGGCUACUGGAGCCAAAAUGGGGACCUUAGAGGCUAAGUGGGGUUCACCCCUCUGCUUCUGAGCUUAAAUUAGGGAGAGCUAUUACUCCAGCCAUUGUCAGGGGGAGUUGGCGGGGGAGGGGCCCAGCAUCUCUGUUGUCCACAUGAGGCCUCCAUGGAGGAAGCAUGAUCUCUACUUCUGUGUCCCCCCACCCCAUUACCACAGCUGCCUUUGUGUUGUGUCAAUAAAAAGCCAGACCCUGA